GUUACCCGUUUGGCCGAUUUCUUCGCUGAGGAUGAUGUAUUUAUUGCGUAUGGAAAAGAGAAAAUGAGUGUCGACGAUUUUUAUGUUGUUUCGGAAGAAUCAAAAAGGCUCUACAGUUUACGGCCUCGUACACCACGUGGUAAGCCAACAAAGAGAAGGAUGCCAGCAAGAAAUGAAUCGCUGCGAGAAGAUCGAGCUGGAAGUGUUGUUCCUGAUUCGGAAAUGAGCCGUAAAUUACCGCUAGCUCUGGAUAGUGUAAUACAUCUUGUGCGAUUGAUUGGUGAUGGCAACACAGCACUCGUUUAUGAAACCUUGGGGACGGGAAUGUUGUGGUUCACUUUUUUCAGGAAAACCCAUGAAAGGAAGGCACUGAAAGUGAUUGCUCGUGAAAGUGUGAUCGGUAAAGAGGACCUGAUAAAAUCAGAAAUUGCAAUAAUGCGGAGGAUAUCGCACGAAUUUAUCGUACAAAUGCAUGAUUGUUGGGAAUUCGAAGGAUCUUUUUAUUUGUCACUGGAACUUGUUACGGGUGGUGAUUUGUUCGAAUAUCUCUGUAAAGCUCGGAAUGUUAAUGAACGAUGUGCGGCUAGAUUGUUGCGUUGUUUGGCAUCGGCGCUUGAUUACUUGCAUGCUUUAAAUAUUGUUCAUCGUGAUGUUAAACCGGAAAAUUUGUUGGUCUAUACUUGUCCAUACACUGGUGAUUUGCAAUUGAAACUAGCGGAUUUUGGUUUAGCGGUUGAAAUGAUUGGUGAACCGUUGACCAUAAUUUGUGGGACACCAACAUAUGUUGCUCCUGAAGUUCUUGCAGAACUUGGUUACGACCAUAAAGUGGAUCUCUGGGCUGCUGGUGUCAUUCUUUAUGUACUUCUUACAAAUGGCAGUCAGGUGCAGUUAUUCGAACAAAUUCUAAGUGGGCGAUUCUCAUUUCCAUCACCAUUCUGGGAUAAAAUCUCAUAUUCUGCUAAAGGUCUUAUUCAAGGAUUGCUUCAGUUGGAUGUAGAAGAGCGCUUUGUAGCUUCACAAAUUCUGGCAUAUCCAUGGAUUCAAGGUGGUGGUGUAGUAAGCGAAGAAUAUGAGAGAUUAAUGGAAGCAGCAGUGAAAGCGAAAGUUCAGGAUGAGGCACGACGAAAUGCUCUGGAAGAAAGCGAAGUGGAAUUCUACUUUUCAAGGAGAACGAGUAUGGAUGAACUGAGUGAGUGCCACGAAGGAGCAUCAUCCCAACAUAAUAGUUCAUUCGAGUAUUUGCCGAACAAUGAAAGUGAUAGUAUGAAUGAUUGA